AUGUCUUAAACAAGAACAAGUUCCAAACACAAAAGAAAAAGUGAAACUCGUUUUCAAUAACAAAUUAAUAGUCUCUUAAAAAAUGUAAGUCAUCCACCUUCCCCGCUCUCUAAACAGUGGAUUAAGGAUCGAGAGGGAGAAUAAAAAAGUUUGUUUGAGGAAGCCAAAUAAUGCGAAUUUAAUCAUAAAAACCAAACACUAACAUAGUUAACAGAUAUUGGAAAGAAAUUAUCCAGAAUGAAAAAGAAGUUUAGAACUUUCAUUACUGAUGAUAAUCGAAAAACACCAGUUUCAGAGAAUAAAAGCAGAAAAUCCACGAAGUCAAAGAAAAGUUAAAGUAAAAAGGGGAAGAGUUCACGUAGUCAAUCAAAAACCUAAUUAAAAAGUCUAGAACAAAGCAGAAGCAAAUCAUCAAAAAAAUUGAAAAAGUCUUUAAAGUCAUCAAACCUUUAAAACACUCCAAAACUUAUUCAGAAAACCUUUGAGACUAAACUUGGAAGUUUCUCUAAGGAAAUACAACAAUAAAGAGAUAGUUCAAGACGUAAUGUGAGAAUCUAAGACUCAAGAAAUUCAAAGAAUACUGUUGGUAGAACUUCAAGUUCUUCUCGUAAAGUUGGUUCUUCAAAAAAAAAAAUAAAAAAUCAACGAAUUGAGUCUCCUUAUGAAGAAUCAAGUUCUUUUACAGAUUCUAGCGAUACAAAAGAAAUUAUGAAAUUAAAAAUGAAUCCUUCUACUGCAUAAUCUAGAUAUGAGGUAUUUAUGGACAAUGACAAAAACAUAAAAGAAUUUGAAACAGGAUAAUUUAAUAAAGAAGAGAAUCACUUAUUAACAGCUAAACUGGAAUCUGUCACAAAAGAAAAACUAUUAAAAGAAUAUAGGAUUUUGUACUACAGAAGUAAGGAAGUGAAAAAUUUACUUACGGAGUAUUAUGAACAAAAUUUACGUUUGACUUAAGAAAUCAAUGAAUUACAAUAAAUCAUUUAAGAUAAACAACUUGAAAAUAAAUAAGCCAGAAAAGAAGUAAAAUCUCUAACAAAAGAAAUGAAAAUUAUGCAAUCAGAAUACAGCACUAAAUUAGAUCAAUUGGGAAAAUCUUACUAAUAGUAAGAAAUGAAUAGUGUCCCAUUAAACAAUUUUGAAAGAUUAUAAUAAGAAAAUGAAAAAGUUCUAAUUGAAAAUGAAAUGUUAAGGAAAGAUUAUAAAGCUAUUUGUCUUAAAAUUCAGCAAUUAGAAAAUGGAGUCUAUUUAAAGAGAUAGUAUGAAAUACCAGAGUAAGAGAUUUCCUAAAGAUUUCAAAGGGAAUUAGAGUCAGUCAAAGAUUAAACAGAUAGGAUAAAAGAAGAAAAUAUGAAAUUGAAAUUUCAAUUAGAUAGAGAAUAGAUUUCUAAUAGAGAACUAUCAUAGUAAAUCUAAUAAAAGAAAAAUGAGCUUGAUGGAAAUACGGAACAAAAGUAAUAUGAAAUAUAAUCGUUGAAAUCUCAUUUAUAAACGGCUAAUACAAAAAUUUAGAAACUAGAAUUACAAUUAACUUAAAUGAAGUACCAAUUGAAUUCAGAAUAGGAAUAAUCAUUUUAAAUUCGUGAAAAAAUCCUUCGAUAAGAAGAGGAGUUAAGAAUAUCUAACCUGAAAAUAGAAAACAGAGAAAAAGAAAUAAAUGAAUAAAGAUCAAAAGAAUUGAUUUUAAAGAAAAAGAUAUUAGAUUUAGAAUCUAAAAUUUAAAAUCAAACACAAUUGCCUUAAUAAAAUUUCGAACCGAUCAUUACAUUCAAUAAACCAAAAAAUUCUGAAUCAAUUAUUAAUAAGGAAUUAUAAGUUGAGCGGUAGAUAUUAGCAAAAACAUAGGAGUAAUUAUUAAGUAUUUAAGGAGAAAAUGAUCAAUUAAAACGAAAUCUUAAAUAAAUUGAGUUCGAAUUAUAAUUUGAAAGGCAAUAGAAUGAAUAAAUCAAAUUAAAAUUCUCUUAAUUGUAAUAGGAAAAGGAAUUUACAUUUAAAAGAGCCUAAAAACAAUUUGAAGAAACUGAAAGCAAUCGUUUUAAGGAAUUCUAAUUUACUGAAUAACAAUAUAAAAAUCAAGAAAACUAAUUAUUAUCUGCAUAAUAAAGAAUAAGUGAAUUGGAAAAUGAACUUAGAACAUAUCAUAAUAAGGAGUAAGAAUAUAAAGAUUUGAUAAAUGAUCAAUAGAUUUAAAUCGAAAAAUAAUAAUUAAAAUUAGAGUAAAAUUCAACAAAUUUAAGUGAACUUUCAAAUUAGCUUAAAACAGUUGAAAAUGCAAAUAAAAUAUUGGAUGAAAAUAAUAGACAAUUAAAAAUACAAACAUAAUAAUUAAUAAAAGAUUUAGAACAAACUGAUAAGUAAAAGGAUAAUUACAAAAAUAAAUACCUUAAUAAUGUGUACGAAAACAAAAAAAUAUUGGAUUAAUAUCAUGAAAAAGAAAAUAAUCUGAAACAGACAUAUACAAAUGAGUUGGAAAAAGUGAAAUGUUAAAAGGAGUAAUUAGAAAAAGUGAAGAAUCAAGAGGAAUCUUAGCGAUAAUAAAAAGAUAAAAAGCUAAAAGUUAUAAGUGAACUAUAGCAAAUGAUAAAAGGACAUAAAAUGGCUUUUGACAAAUGA